GUGUUGAGGGCGGAAGAAGAGUCUUUCAUGUCCUUGGAGCGCAUGGUACUGCAGCAGAGAAAUGGCAGAGGAGGUUCAGACUCGGUUACAGAAUGGCGUGGAUGGAAUGGUUAAGAACCUGGAGAGGGAAAACAUCAGGAAAAUGCAGGGGAAGAUGUUUCGGUGUAGCGCUAAGUGCUGUGAUAAUGAAGCAGCUUCUAUGCAGACUGUGCACAACUGUAUAGAGCGCUGCCACAUUCCACUUGCUCAAGCACAAAGUCUGGUCACCAGUGAGCUGGAGAAAUUUCAGGAUCGCCUUGGUCGGUGCACCAUGCACUGCAAUGACAAAGCUAAGGACUCCUUUGAUUCCGGCAAUAAAGAAGUAAAAGUAAGGGCUCAGUUGGAGAGCUGUGUGAUGAAGUGCGCAGAAGAACACAUGAACCUCAUCCCCAGUAUGACCAAGAAACUGAAGGAUGCUUUAAUUGAGGCCGACAAGAAAACUUCUUAGGAUCUAGAAAUGUUUGUUCCAGCCAUCCUUCCUGCUGGAGUGGGCAGCCGCAACAGAGUUCUGAGGAACGUGGACUAAAAACUUCCUUCAUCUGAUGGGAAACAGGAUGCUGUCAAGACAGAAAACAGGAUUGUCCCUCCAGCUCGGGGACCAAGCUAACAGCCAGUCUUUUAUGGAUUUUUACUUCCUUAAAGUUUAUAGAACUCUGGGCAUACUGACAUAUUUUUAGAAAUGAUGAAGGCUCAGAGUAAUCAAAGUAAUCGCCCCAGAAAAGCUCAAAUACCAAUGAUAUGAGAAUGACAGCAAAA